UUUUUUAUUUCAUCCAUGUAUCCGUUGAACUUCAAUAGUCAGGCAGGACUCAUCGCCCGACCCGUAACGAAUAACGAUGUCCUCCCUGACAUGAGCUCCUUGCAUUUGAGAGCCAUCCACGUCCCUUCCGCGGCCAUGAAGAAGAGAAAAAGAACCCCAAAACCGCUACCGCUACCGCCACCUCCCUCGACGCCUCCAACUCCACAAACCCAAGCCCGCCACUCCAUCAACACUGCAAAAGCCCAAGCCCAAUCCUGGGCCCCUCUCAAUCUCCCCAAGGACGAACUCUCCUUGCCCCUCACCUUCCCCACGGGCCAAACCUUCCGCUGGAAAAACACUGCCCCUUCUCAAUACACCGGCGUCGUUGCCUCCCACCUCGUAUCCCUCAAGCACCUUCAAAACGGCGACGUUUCCUACUGCCUCCACUCCCGCUCCCACUCCCACUCCGACAACGCCAGAACGGCCUUGCUCGAUUUCCUAAACGCCACCGUUUCUCUCGCUGACUUGUGGAACGCUUUUUCCGCUUCCGAUGCGAGGUUCGCCGAACUCGCCGGCCACUUAAGCGGUGCACGAGUUCUCCGGCAAGACCCUUUGGAGUGCCUGAUUCAGUUUUUGUGCUCUUCCAAUAACAACAUCGGAAGAAUCACCAAGAUGGUCAACUACGUGUCGUCCCUCGGAACCCACGUGGGAGACGUUGGAGGGUUUCAGUUCCACGCUUUCCCUACUUUGGAACAGCUUUCGUCGCUCUCAGAGCAACAACUCAGAGACGCUGGUUUUGGUUACAGGGCUAAAUAUAUAAUUGGGACGGUUAAUGCUUUGCAAUCAAAACCUGGUGGAGGGGAAGAAUGGCUUCGCUCUCUUCGUAAGUUGGAUCUUCAUGACGUUAUAUCUGAACUUUCUAAGUUACCCGGUGUGGGUCCUAAAGUGGCUGCUUGCGUUGCUCUCUUCUCGCUUGAUCAACACCAUGCCGUUCCUGUUGACACCCACGUCUGGCGGAUUGCCACAAAGUAUCUCUUACCUGAGCUUGCAGGUUCCCAGUUGACGCCAAAGCUCUGCGAUCGUGUUGCAGAGGCAUUUGUAUCGAAAUAUGGUAAAUAUGCUGGCUGGGCGCAGACUCUGUUAUUCAUAGCUGAAUUACCUUCGCAAAAGGCCAUCCUACCUUUACAUUUGCGGACAAUCAAACAACGUAAUUCUGCAAAGAUGGGAGACAGUGAAGAAGAAGUUGGUUAGAAAAGCAACUUUAGUCUUUCCAUAUUCACCUUAUAAAUUAGGCAUUGGACAUUCAACUUUCUGGCAAAUAUUUACCUCCUUUUUUCAACUAGAGUGAGAUCUACAGAUGGUGUGGCUCUCAGAGGAUAUAAAUGGACGAGACAUAGGUGUGACAUGCUGCUAUCAAGAAUUUGUUAGGUAGACCAUGGUGGUAGCUGACUGGUUAUUCUGUUAUGCACACUAUUGACUUCUCUUCGUCUGGCUUCCAUUUUUGUACUUUGCAUUUUAUUAGAUUUGAUUGAUCUGUUGUAACUUAUAGUGUACGUCUUUCUUCGUCAAAAAUUAAAAUAAAAAAAGAUUUAUUUUUCCUCAUGUUAUUUACUUUUUAGCUCCUGCAUAUAAAAGAACUCAUCUUUUGCUCA